GUAUAAGCCAUCCCAGAACACGCUCUUUUCGUCACGCCCCCCAACCUACCCCUCUCUCUCUAUAAAUUUGUGCCGACUCUCGCUUUCCGUGAACUACCUUCGUUCUACCAUGGAAGACGAACAGCGCAACUCGCAGUCACAGUCUCUCAAACACAAGCUCAAGCAAACCCUCUGCCUUUCCUGCUGCUUCCGCCACCACCGCCACCACGACGACCGCGACUCCGAUGAGCGGCCGGUGCUGCUGCGGGCGCCCUCGAUCUGGCUCAAGUCGCGGGCCCAGGACCUGCCGGAGAUACGAGACAAGUGCCGCCACCUAAUCAACCGGAUCGGCGGGCAACACCACCGCCGGUCCUCGUCCUCGGCCGAUUUCAGGUACGAUCCCCUCAGCUACUCCCUCAACUUCGACCGAGGCUUCGACGACUCUCUCCUCGACGAGGCUCCCCUCCGGAACUUCUCCUCUAGGGUUCCGGCUUCGGCGCCGGUGGCGGUGGUUCCGGAGGCCGACGGCGCGGCGAAGAUGGCCGUUCCAAGGGUCGUCGCGUGCGUCUAGCGCUUGGCCGCAGGGUUUGAUGAGGUUGCGGUGGGUGAUCUGGAGAAAUUGCAAAUUGGAUAUUGAUAAGCGAUGUUUGGCUCUAGCUCUGCGACUGUACUGUACCUGGAUAGGAUAUUGUGGAGUUUUCGUCAGCUUGUUUUUGUGUUGUUUGGAAAUUGAAUUACCCAUCCGUGUAUAUAAUAAAUUACGCAAAUGCAAUUGAAGUGUUAAAAUGGAUUCAACAUCAAAUCUGAUAUAACUAAUAACAAACACUAUUUUGGGAAUU